AUGACACAGGAAAGUGGACGACUUUUCAUGAAGCUGCAUCAGUUGGAACCUCAGGGAGGAGUAUGCAACUUCAUGUCAGCCAUUAAAAUAGCUCAUUUGGCGUUGAAACAUCGUCAGAAUCGUAAUCAUAAGAUGCGCAUCGUAAUGUUUAUUGGUAGUCCGAUUGAUAAUCUCGAUUCUACUGAGCUAACAAAAAUCGCAAAGAAAUUGAAAAAGGAGAAGGUUCAAUGCGAUGUCAUCUGUUUCGGUGAAGCCGAUUCGAAAAUAGUUCAAAUAAUGGGCCAAUUUGUGGACACUUUGAACGGCAAAGAGCAGCGUUCAAAUCUUCUUGUAGUACAAGCGGAGUCGUGUGUGUCCUACCCUGCAGCGCAUGAUCUCUGGGCGACUGGCGGUUUCGAGUUUGGAGUUGACCCUGAAGACGAUCCUGAUCUUGCUCUGCCUGCGUGUUGUUCUAUGGAAGAAGAAAGAGCUCGACAAGCUGCCGAAGCUGCUGCGGCUGCCGCUGCAAGUGGAACCGCUGCAGCUGAGCCUGCAGGAGGAUCUGAACAGGCACAGAAUGUUGACGUCAUGGAUAUGGAAAUGGGGGAAAUGACAGAAGAGCAGCAGUUGGAAUGGGCGUUGCGCAUCUCCAGCUGCUCAACCACAACCGGGGCGCAAUCUGCAGAGGAGGUCAUGGAUGUGAGCACUGCGCAAGUGGAUAAUCUCGAUGAAUUGAUCAAUAAUCCAGAACUGCUACGGCAAAUCAUUGACGAUCUUCCUGGCGGUGAAAAGAAGAGUGAAGAAGAGAAACCGAAAAGCGAAGAAAAGUAG